AACCUCAAAAGUUCCCGUUGCCUUAUUUGCCGCGUUGAGCACAUUUUAAUAAAUAACUGAUUUUAUUUGCAAAAUGGACGCAAAUGUAGAGCAACAAUUACACAUCAAUGGCCUUAUCUACAAAAAGUCUUUGGAUCGGAUUAUAGACAAGUAUUCAAAGCUUCAACAUCAAGACGCAGUAGAAGUGGACCUCAACGACACCAAUGUGGCAGCUCUGGGGCGCUACAUGAAGCUAUCAAAAAAGAAGAUAAAGAGUUUGGAAUCAAAGAGCCUGUCAAAUUCAAUAGAGGACGUUUUAGAGCCACAAGAGGAUACCGGGAGCACUAGGCUGGAGCUCAUGCAGCAAAACGGUGGUGAUGAUACUCAAAUAUUAGGUCAGCUGUGUGCAGAUGAUGACGGAAGUGUGCAUUCCCAGUUAGCGGUGAGCUCGCUGGACGACAGCCAGAGAAACCUCUCAGAGACGAACACCCUGCCCGAGGACCAGGACGAGCAGCUGGAGAUGAGCCUUAGAAGUGGAGGCAGCACGUUGUCCGAGCUCUACCCCGCCAUGAUAGAUAAAAUUGGGCGUGCCCAACAGCGGCAGCACGUCUCUGAGGUGGCGGAUGUGGUGCUGAGGAGGUACCGCAAGUGGCGACUGAUGUCAAACAGGAGCGGCCUCAACAACAGCCUCAAUGUGACAGUCAGGCAUGCCGCCAAGAACCACAGACGUACCACAACGAAGGAGAGCACUCAUAAAAGCAUGGAUGUAAGAGACAGAACCAAUCACGCCAGCUGGCAGCGCUCACCCAUGAGGGAGCCAAGAGAGAAGCCUAUCCUGGUGAUGAAUCUGUCUUGUAUUGAAUCUCCCAAACCAAAAAGGAUCCCCCUGAAUGAGACUUUCACGGUGAGAGAGCAGCUGGGCUCAUUCAGCCUCAGUCCUUCACGCUCCUCUGACAUGACACUCAGGUCCAAAAGGCUCUCGCUCUCUGCCAGCUUUCCUCCUGAAAGCAACGACGUCUGUGGCUCCCCAAUGAGGCAAAGUCCUUUAAAGACGAAGCUGAUCAGCCUCAGCAGGUCACCUCAGACCUUCUCCAGAAGCCCCAAGUUCUCCUGUGUGCUGGGCAGCCCCAGAAAGCCUGAAAAUUCCGUCUUGCUGGCCUCCCCGCUACGAAAGCCCCUCGUUCCCCAGAGGAUGCUCCACCCUGACUCCCGCCUGCGCUCCCCUCAGCCGCCCACCCCUAAGAGUCGGCGUCACCUGUCCUUCAACGCCUACCUGCAAUCAGGCCAAAUCACUUACUCCCAAAAGGACCUAGAUGAAGACUUCGCCAGACACUACCACAAGUUUGUGUGCCAGAACAAAUCUUUCAACGGGCCCUCCUGCCGGCUGUGCUCCAGGAGCUGCGAGGCCUCCCGGCAACACUCCUCAACGCUUGUGGCGCUGGCACUGUCCCCGCAACGAUUGGUGCUGAGGAAGCGCCACAGGGACCCAGUCUGGGAGAACCAGUCCCUGGCCAAGCGAUGGCAUCCCUACUCUCCGGGGUCCAAACGACACAGCAACGAGAUGCUAAGGCGCCGCCUCUGCACACCUGAUGCAGAAGCUUCCAAUUGGAGCAUGUUGAAUACUUACAGUGGCUGGGCGGAACCUUCCGGACUUGGAAGCCCGUGGAAGACAGAUAUGGCCGCAAGCUACUUUGAGAGAAAAUGGUGACAAGAUGUUGACCUCCUGCCUGAUAUCUCAUCAGUGACAACAGAUUUUGCGUCCUAAAUGUCAUUCACAAGGUUCAGUCUGCAUUUUGUAUGAAAGUUACAUUUAACCUGCAACCCUAGUGAGGAUAAGCGGCAUAGAAGAUGGAUAGAUGUUACAUUUAUAAACUGUCUUGUUUUUUUGUGUUGUAGUAGUAGGUAGACUGUUAGUGUUAGCAAACAUGACUGUAUGACUUGUGCUUUACUAAUGUGACUUAAUUUAAAUAAAAGCAUGUGAAUGCUUCUUCUGGAAGAUACACAGCAAAAGAAUGCUUCAUCAAACUUUAUUUGUGAUCAGUCUUUCAUGUUCAAAAUGAGAUGACAAAGAAAGUUAA